GAACAGGCUGAAGAAAACAGUCUUGUGAAGGAUAAGUGGACUGCAGCUGUAGAAAUAAAUGGAGCAACAAUAAUGCUGAAAUUAGACACAGGAGCCAAAGCCAAUCUGAUCUCUGAAAGAGAUAUAAGAAAAAUGAAAAGCAAGCCACAUAUUAAACCAAACACUGUGCAACUCAAAGCUUACAACGGACAGAGCAUAGAAACAAGAGGAACAUGCAAAAUCAAAGUAAAAGUGAAAAGUAAAGAACAACACCUUGUGUUCGUAGUCGUUCCAGAUGGACAUGAUUCAGUGUUGGGAGACAAGGCAUGUGAAGACUUAGGCCUAGUUAAAAGAGUAGACAACAUAAAAUAUGGCAAUACACAGAACAGCGUUGAUAAUAUAGUAAAACAGUUUCCGAACAUUUUUGAAGGGUUUGGAGCGCUUCCAUUCACCUAUAAGAUACAGCUCAAAGAGGAUGCAAAGCCAGUGGUCCAUGCUCCGAGACGGGUACCAGCCCCGCUAAGAGAUAAGUUAAAACAGGAACUGGAAAGGAUGACAGCCAUGGGAGUUAUAAAGAAAGUGGAACAGCCGACAGAAUGGGUGAACUCCAUGGUUUGUGUAAGAAAAGCAAACAGAGAAUUACGUGUGUGUAUGGAUCCAAAAGACCUAAACGCAAACAUUCAGAGAGAACAUUAUCAGAUUCCGACUCGGGAAGAAAUCAUCAGUGAGAUGGGAGGUGCAAAGUUCUUCACAAAGCUAGAUGCAUCUCAGGGCUUUUGGCAGGUAAAACUACAUGAAGAUAGCACACACUACUGCACAUUCAACACACCCUUUGGCAGAUACUCCUUCUUGAGGAUGCCCUUUGGGAUUUCUUCAGCACCUGAAGUGUUUCACAAAGCCAUGGAGCACAUAAUUGAAGGAAUACAAGGAGUUCGUGUCUAUGUGGAUGAUGUCAUAUUGUGGGGAUCCACAAUUGAACAGCACAAUGAAAGGCUCAUGGAAGUUUUGCAGCGAGUGCAGAAAUAUGGACUGAGGCUGAAUAAACAAAAAUGUCAGUUUGGAGUAAAGGAAGUCACGUUUCUAGGAGACAAGCUGACAGAAGGUGGCGUACAACCAGACAAAAGUAAAAUUCAAGCAAUACUCAAUAUGCCAAGACCUACAGACAAAAAGGCAGUGUUAAGAGUGAUGGGAAUGAUUAACUUUAUCGGCAAGUUCAUACCAAACCUGUCGUCAAAGACAGUGUACAUGAGAGAACUGUUACAUGACAAGUGUGAGUUCAAGUGGACAAACAACCAUGAACAAGAGUGGGGACGUCUGAAGACACUCUUGACAACAGAGCCUGUGCUGACUUUCUUUGAACCAUCUAGGAGGACAAAGAUAUCAACUGAUGCAUCUAAGGAUGGCCUGGGAGCUGUGCUGCUCCAGGAAGAAGGAAAACACUGGAGGCCAGUUGCGUAUGCAUCAAGAACAAUGACGCAAGCUGAGUGUCGUUAUGCCCAGAUCGAGAAGGAGUGCCUUGGACUGGUGUAUGGAGUGGAGAAGUUUCACAGUUAUGUGUAUGGACUUCCAAAGUUUGUGGCGGAGACAGAUCACAAGCCACUAAUAGCCAUCAUCAAGAAAAAUUUGAGUGAAAUGUCACCGAGAAUCCAACGGCUAAUGAUGAAGCUUCAGAGAUAUGACUUUGAACUGAUAUAUACACCUGGAAAGUACAUUGUGCUAGCAGACGCCCUGUCCAGAGCAACCUCAGACAGUGAGACACAUCACAAGAGCUCUACAGAAGCUGACGUGACUCUUCAUGUGAACAUGAUAGCUGGUGCUCUUCCAGUGACUGAUGCAAAGUCUAAACAGAUUGUAGCUGAAACCGCGAAAGACAGAGAGCUACAGAUUGUCAUCAAACUUCUGAAUGAAGGCUGGAAAAAGGAAGCAUGUUCACGGUACUACAAUAUAAGGACAGAGUUGAGUGUGGUAGAAGGACUUCUGCUGAGACAGAAUAGAAUAGUAAUACCACAAGCACUGAGAAAGGAAAUGCUGAGAAGAUUGCAUGAGGGACAUCUGGGAGCAGAAAAAUGCAAAAGGAGAGCCAGGACAGCCAUCUAUUGGCCAGGAAUUAAUGCUGACAUUGACAGAAUGGUGUCAACCUGUGAUACCUGCUUAAGUCAUCGAGCAAAGCAGCAAAAAGAGCCAAUGAUCAUCACUGACACGCCUAGUGAGCCUUGGCAGAAAAUUGGAACAGAUUUGUUUGUCUUAAAUGGGAAGAACUAUCUGCUUGUUGUGGACUACCUGUCUAACUAUCCAGAGAUGGCUCUGCUUCCAAAUACAUCUACUGCCAGUGUAAUCACACACAUGAAGUCAAUCUUUGCAAGGCAUGGUAUCCCUCAGGUUGUCUGUAGUGACAAUGGACCGUGUUAUAAUAGCAAAGAAUUCCAGGAAUUUGCAGUGGAGUAUGACUUCAAACAUGUGACAUCGAGCCCGCUAUAUCCACAAUCUAACGGGAAAGCGGAAAAGGGAGUACAUAUAGUUAAAAUGCUACUGAAGAAAGCAGUGAGCAGCAAGUCUGACCCGUAUCUAGCAUUGUUAAAUUACCGUGCUUCACCACUGGAACAUGGUUUAUCUCCAGCUGAGAUGCUAAUGGGAAGAAAAUUGCGUACUACCCUGCCUUACCUGAGUCAACCAAAGAAAAUCAAAGGGUUGCAAAAGAAACAAAUGCAACUAAAAAAGAGAGAAAAUGAACUAUGAUAAGACCUCCAGGAGUCUUCGACCUCUUGCUAACAAUGACACAGUAAGACUUGAGGAUUGCAAUACCUGGCAUAGAAAAGCCACAGUCCUUGAGGAGGUUUAUCCGAGAUCUUACACUGUGAAAACAGAAGAUGGUCAGAUCCUGAGAAGAAAUAGGAGAAGUUUGCUGAAAACACAAGAAACAGUGCCACAGGAUACAUCACCUGUAGAAUCGGAAACAGAACCAGUUAUAGACAAUAAAGAGGAUGAAAAGGAGACACACUUACCUGAAUUGCGAAGAUCCAAACGCACAGUAAAACCACCUGAGAGACUUGACCUGUAAAGGAGGCAUUAGUAAAGUGAACAGACAUUUAAGUAGUUACUAUGCAAAAAGAGAGUAAUGACAGUUGAAUGUUAAUUAAGAGAUGGUUUGUAUAAAGAGCAUAAUGUUUAAGUUGUUAUAUAAUAUGUUGUUGUUAAGUGAGUGUGCAAGAAUUUAAAUGCAGUAAUGGUGAAACCUUAAAUCUAAAAAAAAGAGGAGAUGUCAUGAUAAGUGAGUAUUUCAUGAUAUGUGCAUAUACCUAGUUUAAUCACUAGAUGUCAGUAGUGAAGUACUUACCUGUAGGUGUUGGUCCUACCUGAAGGAGACGCCUAGUGAUGUUGUGAAGUUGCACCAUGUGCGGACCGUUCUGUAAAAUAAAAGAUGUUUUGUUAGACACAGUUUCAUUAAUUGAACAACAAACAUUACAAUGCCUAGGUUUCA